GGCCUGUUCGUUUUAUCUGCACUUCUGAACUGGUGCAUUAAGUUAAAGUGAGACAAACCUAGGUUUUCUCACUUCAAUUUGUUGCACCAAUUCAGCAGUGUAGACAAAACGAACAGGCCUAUAGAACGGAUUUAUAAACUGAAUAAUCUACAAGGUGAUUGAAACGAAAUUUGGUGAAAACAAAAAUGAGAUUAAUAUCAAGCCUAUUACAACGAAGUCGUAUGGGAGAGUGGUCAAACAGAUAUGCAAAUUUACCAGAAUCAUAUAUUAAGCGAUGUAUGGAAAAGUUUCUAUGGAAGACACCCCGUGGAAAGCCCAAUUAUUUGCCACGGUCAAUUGGAAGAAAACGAUUUUAUUUCUCUAUACAUCGUCCAUGGACUAUAGGUUUUCAACACGAUAAUCAAUCAGGUCAGAACCUGCAGUUUGUCCAUGUCGAGCCUAUCAAGAACUGGUCUUUCUUUCGUGGUGACAGGGUAGAAAUUUUAGUAGGAAAAGAUAAAGGGAAGCAAGGAAUCGUAAAAGAAAUCUACCAAGAGAGGAAUUGGGUUAUUGUCGAAGGGCUUAACACAAAAUUGGAUCAUGUCCUGAAGAAGAAGGACUUUCCUGGUUUAUAUAUGCUAAAAGAACAACCAUUACUAGUAACCACAGAUGUGCGAUUAAUUGAUCCUUUAGAUAUGCAAGGAACAUCGAUAGAAUGGCGAUACACAGAAGAUGGCAGGCAUGUACGUGUAUCUUUGAGAAGUGGUAAAAUAAUUCCUAUUCCUGCAUCCAACGAGGAAACGAAAGAUUAUAAACAUAUGAAACUGUAUAUGAAUCAACCGAAAGAUACAGUCAAAGAGCAAGUGAUGCAAGUAACUUUUAAGCCGGUGUUAAAGACUUUUGAAAUGGAUAUUAUGGAAAACAUGGGUAUUAAAGAAGAUCGUGUUCCAAAGAAAUAUUAUUGGUAUUGAUCGUCCCUAUAUACAAUUUGCUCUGUUAUUAUGGUUUUUAAUGUACAACUAUAAUAUUUAAUAAAUAUAUUAAACAAACACAAAGAAAUUGGAACAUAGUCAUUUUUCAAUAUAAUACAUACAUAAAAAAACAAUUCGAACGAAAAAGAUUGUUCUCGUGGAUGGAUUCAACGUGACUCAUCUGGAUUAUUUCAAUUUUCUUUUACGUGUGUCGCGCGAGAAAUUUUCUACGCCUUUGACAUACAAUCAAUAUUGUAAAGAACGUCUCUGUUUACAAUGU